CAUCUGAUAAGCCGCCCUUUGCAGACCCACAUUAAGCUAGUCCGAACAGUCCGAUUGCGAUUGACAUUUUUGAGCCGUGGAGCUAAGAACAAGCAUCACCGAUCCGUCGCCGCCCUUCAGCACAGCGUCACCACUUUGUCACCGCCCGUGGAGAAUGAACACGCCCGCCUUUCUGCGCCCUCGCGACUCUCACUGCACGCCUCGUUUCGACUCGAGGUAGCACAGCCAUCCACUGCACCAAGCUGUAGAGAUGGCAACGGCCACACAGCGGGCCGAGGAUGUGGACGUCAUCAAAGGCGCGGACGAGGUGUCGCUCUCGCAGAAGAUGCUUUCAGCCGUGUCUGGGAGCAUCUUGACCUCGCUACUCGUCACGCCCCUCGAUGUCGUCCGCGUCCGUCUGCAAUCGCAGGAAACGCCCCAAAAGGGAUCAUCACAUACAUCCCGCGGAUUCAAUGGUACCACGCUCACGCAAUUUCGCGACGUCCCACCGAACAUGGGAAUAUCGGCUUGCUGCAGAGAAGUGUUUUGGAUGAACAACAAGGCACCCUUCUGCGUAGCUGGGCCAACAAUGUCGCCAAUUAACCCGGCAGACCUGAGCUGCGCGGUGGAAGAGGUCGAACGCAGGACCAUCAACAGCACAUGGGAUGGACUGCGAAAGAUUGCACAGAACGAAGGGCCACGGACACUAUGGCGAGGACUGUCGCCAACUCUGGUUAUGGCAGUUCCAGCCAACGUUAUCUACUUCGCUGGCUACGACUGGCUACGUACAGCCCAAGCGUCGCCCUUCCGCUCGACCGUGCCAGAUGCAUACGUACCGCUGGUAGCAGGUGCGACCGCGCGUACAAUGGCUGCCAUCACUGUGAGCCCAAUCGAGAUGUUCAGGACCAGGAUGCAGGCAGCAAACCACACAGCUACUGCUGCAGGACACUUCCGUGAGACAAUGGACGGCCUUCGGGAAAUGGUGGGCUCACAGGGUAUCCUAAGUCUUUGGCGCGGCCUCACCUUGACUCUGUGGCGGGACGUACCAUUCUCUGCCAUCUACUGGUGGGGAUACGAGGCGACACGAAACGCUCUGACCGACGCACGGGGCCGAGUGGAGGCCAGGAAUGAGGGUUUCGAGUUCCGCAUGGGUCGCGGCGGGGAGAAGAUCCAGCGGCGCAGCCGGUCAAGGAGUCGAGAGAAUACCAAAGACACGAUCAUUGACAGCUUCCUCGCUGGCGCUGCCUCAGGUGGAGUUGCAGCGUUCGUUACCACCCCCUUCGACGUCGGCAAGACACGGCAACAGAUUGUACGGCACGCGGGUAAGGCUGCUAAAGAUGCCGCAGACACCAUACGGCCAGAGGACCAGUCAAUGCCCCGCUUCCUUAUGCACAUCUACAAAGAGCAAGGGAUGUCCGGGCUUUUUAAAGGGUGGGCUGCUCGGUCACUGAAGAUUGCACCCGCUUGUGCAAUCAUGAUCAGCUGCUACGAGUUAGGCAAGAAGGUCUUCAACGAUUCGAACGAGCGCAAGCAUCUCGAACGAUCGUGACACCACACAGAAGGGUACAUCCGGCAGAAGACUUUUGCACAUACCUUAGACUUGGCGCGUUCACCCCAUUCGGAGCAUGGAGGUUGAUCCAACUCAUUUUGCAUGGCGAUAGCAUGGCAUGUCACGGCGUUAUUGGCGAGUUGGGGCAAGGAGCGGCCUACGACUGAACAUGUAUUGAUA